AUGGAUAUAUUCUAUUCUUCGUACAUUCAUCAUUUAUCGGGGACGCGAUGGCCAAUUCUCUGUCUGUCGAUUUUACUUGCUGCGUCAGCGUGUGGAAGCGAUAUAUUAAUGAUCACAAUGGGAGGAACAAAGUCACAUAAAAUACCUUUUUGGGAACUCGCCAGAGGGCUUAUUAGAAGAGGUAACAACAUAACCUUGAUUAGUGCGUUUCAACCAGACUUCCACCUCGAAGGCUUAGAAGAGAUAGCUCCCGAAGGUUUGGCUUCCUUUAUUAGAAGUUAUAUGUCUUUGGACUUAGUAGGAGCCAGGAUGAGGGGAGAGGAACCACUACCGUACAAGGAUAUUGUGAGAUUUGGAUAUGAGGCUUGCGACGCAUUUCUCAAUGAUUACGAAACCAGAUCAUUCCUUCGAUCAGGAAGGACAUAUGAUCUAAUUAUUCUCGAUGGCGCUUACCCUGAAUGUGCCUUGGGUAUUGUGUAUCGGCAAAAAGUACCUUUCAUGUACAUCAACACUGUUGGAUUCUAUUCUGGACCUACCAGUAUAUCCGGAUCUCCAGCUCCGUACUCCGUUACUCCAAUAUUUGCAAAAUCUUUUACGGAUAACCUGAAUUUUAUAGACCGUGUCAGAAAUACUUUUUGGCACGUCGGUGCUUUCGCUGGACAUGCAGUGAGUGUCACAAUACUCCAAGGAGUUUUGAGGAAACAUUUUGGGCAGCAAAUCCCUCAUGUUUACGAUAUGGGAAAGAAUGUGAGCUUCAUACUUCAGAAUGGGCAUUAUUCCGUGUCCUAUCCCCGGCCGUAUUUGCCGAACGUUGCUGAAGUUGCGUGCAUACAUUGUAAGGAACCGAAGAAAUUGAAUGCGGAUUUAGAAGACUGGAUAUCUGGUUCCGGUAAUGAAGGCUUUGUCUACGUAUCUAUGGGAUCAUCAGUAAGAACAGACAACAUGCCACUCACGGUACACAGAAUGAUGGUUGAGGCUUUGGGAAGACUUCCGCAAAGAGUUCUGUGGAAACAGGACGCUGAGCAGAACUUGACAGAUAUACCCUCAAAUGUUAGGCUGUACAAAUGGUUGCCCCAACAAGAUCUAUUAGGUCAUCCAAAGAUCAAGGCAUUCGUUACGCACGGAGGUCUACUCAGCAUGUUCGAAACCGUUUACCACGGAGUACCGAUCGUCAGUAUCCCCAUCUUCUGUGACCACGACUCCAACGCCGCCAAAGCCGAAGUCGACGGCUACGCCAAAAAACUGGACUUACAAUAUCUAACAGCUGACAAAUUGUUCAAAGCCAUCACAGAGGUCAUCAAUGACCCCAAAUACAAGGAUCAAGUUAAGAGACGUCAAGUUCUCUUAAGAGAUCAGAAAGAAUCGCCAUUGGAACGAGCCAUCUAUUGGACAGAAUAUGUGAUAAGGCAUAAGGGAGCUUAUCACUUGCAGUCACCAGCGAAGGAUCUGAACUUCAUUCAAUAUUACUCUCUUGACAUUCUCUUUUUAUUCAUUGCUUUGGUAAUAUUCUCUUCUUUAAUUUUAAUGUAUAUUGUGCGAUCUGGUUUCAAGAAGUUAGCUGACUAUGUUCAGCGUAAACGAAUGAAUCAGUUGAUGGAUACUUCGUGUUUAAAAAGAUCGAAGAAGUUGAUCGAUCAGUCCAAGAAGAAGUUGUGA